CGAGUUCUUUCAUUCAGCACGGGUUGUUUUGAGUGAAAUUUCUCGCAGGUUGCGGAUAUUUUUAGGAGAUUUUAACAAUUAAGAAGCUAACUGAGGGACAUGAUCAUUUGAAAAAGUAUUUUCUCAGGAAGAAGCCAUUUUAAGACAACUGCCAGCUUCGUUCUGGGCGAAUUCAAGAUGGCCGUCGCCUGUGACCCCAAGGAAAGACUGCCACUUGGGUUUUCUUUGCAUCUCCGAGCCGAAGAAGCGAUAGCAAAGUUCCAGAGAGAAAUCGAGGAGGAUGACUUUAACUACCUUCAUGAGAUCUUAGCUGAAGCCAAACAACACUUUGGACGGCGUGACAGUAACAUUCUCCUUCCGAAGACGCCAUCAAUGAAAAGGAAGCGCCAGGAGAGUGAUGAAGAACAAAGCAGUGACGACACUGCAUCCAAAACAGAAAGAGGAGCAAAAGCUCACAAGACCCAAGGUUACUCAUCACCACUUAUGGUUAUUAAUGAGAAUGAGCUUCUGGACUGUAGUGUUACAAAUGAGGAAGGUAAGCUAGAUGGAGCCAAGAAAACAACAAGAGCAAGUAGAGCAAGCCGAAAUGAAAAAAAGCAGCCGAAACGAAGGCAGCCAAAGAGAGGAUCACAAAAAAAUAAUUUGCCAGAUGUUGGAAGUUCAGCUGAAGACCAGACUUCAGAUUCUUCUUCCAUGGAUGACAAACCAAGGCAAAAUGCCAGGAAUUCAAGAAAGAAGAACUCAGAGAUGGCAAGAGUGAUAGAGGAAAAUGGAUCAGAUUCUUCUUCAUUAAUUGUUGAUGAGGAAAUUUCUUCCAAAAGAGUAACUAGGAACACUAGAAAGAAACCUCAGAAAGAAACUGUAGAGGUUUCCUCUACCAAAGAACUGCCAACAAAACCUGCAAAGAAGAAAAGUAAGUCAAAUGUAGCUACAAUAUUGAAGGAUUGUGCAGAAAUUAUGGUGUCAGUUGCUGUGGAACAAGAACCUGCGUCACCUUUUGACAAAAUUCCUAAAAGGAGAAGCACAAGGAAUUCAAGAAAUGAAGAGGAGUCAGUAGACAAUGAGAAGAAAGAGACUGAAAACAGAGCUCAUGUCCCAGAAACCCCUGAACUUGUUGUUGAAAAUGUCAUGUCACCACCUAAAUCUGCCAAGACCUGUAAGGCAACCAUUAAUUUAGUCUUGCAGUCACCAGGCUUGACUAAAACUACAUGCAAUAGAGCAGCAUCAGAAACAACAUCAAGUCCCCAUAUUGACCAAGAUCUUGGAUCACAUGAAAUCGCAGUGGAGGAAAAUGGUGCUCGUCCUGAAGAGGAAACCAACAAAGAUGUUGUUGCAGUGUGUUCAUCUACACCAAUCCUACCACAGGAAUGCACUGAGAGCCAUGAACAAACAGAAUCUAAAAGUAAAGAGGAACUUGAAAAUGGAGAAGUGGAAAAUGUGUCUGGUAAUGAACCAGGCUAUAAUGCCAUUGAUGGUAAUGGUGAUGCAUCUAAAGUAGGAGUGGAUAAAGAAAACAUCGAAGUAGCUGAUCCUAGAGUGAAGUCUGGAAGGAACAGUAUGCAGAGAAAUAGUGGAUGGCGAAGGAAAAGCAAAAGAUCAAGUCACUGCUUAAUAUCUCCUGUUAAUAAACGACCAUCUAUCAACAGGACAGUAACCAAAUCAAAAACACCAGGAAAGAAGAGCAUUAUCAAAAGCUCAGUGAAGCUGAAGUUGACGCAGUCUAAACUUAUGCCAGAAUUGAAGAUAAACACUGCGGACAAGUACAGGGACAAUGGAUCACCAGAUCCUAGCCUGGCGGAUGUUAGGGUGCGCCUCUUUGAUAACUUGACAAGCGAGAGCAGCACCUCAGGUGCAAGCUCUGCCACUACCUCUAGCAGUUCCAGCAGUGCUGAUGACAAAGUAGAGGUUCCUUCCUCCAGCAGUUGCAGUAGUGCUGAAGACAAAGCAGAAGCUCAAGAAGAGAGGAUUAUGGAAGAACCUGCAGAGGAUGACAGUGAAGAGGUGUUCAAUGAUUGCAGGGGAUCGGAGAAUGAAGCUGAUGAUGAGACAGAAGAUGCAAAGGGCACAAAGAUAAGCAGUGAACAUCCACCCACUGUGGACAAUGCCAGUUCGCCAGUGCCAAUUGUACAUGGUAGUUGCGAGGAAUUAGAAGUUGCCCCAGCAGGCAUCUUAGAGGAACCUACAACAUUACCUCCACAAGAAGGCGUGAAUCCAUCACAGAAGGCCAGACCAAAUAACAUUGCCCUCGUCCAUUCAUUCAUCAGGAGGAACACUCCCAAGAAGGUUGAUCCAGAGGAAAAGAAAAAGCAACUGCGCAUUGCAUUGAAAGAAAAGGAAGAAAAGGAGAAAGAGCGAAGAGAACAACUCGAGAUGCAGAAACAGCGAGAAAUCGAGGAACGGAAAAGGAGAAGAGAGGAACGCGCCAAAAAGGCGGCCGAACAACGAGAAGCGAAACGUCAGGCGCUGGAAGAGAAAAAGCGCCAGACUCAGGACCAGCGGCAGGUCAUUGAGGAAAAAGCCAAGAAACUCAAAGAGAAGGAAGACGAAGACAAAAAGAAACAGCGAAACCAGAAAAGAGCUGAAAUAGAAGCAAGGAGAAGACAAGAAGAGGCUGUUAGACUACAGAAAAAACUGGAACAAGAGGAAGAGGAAAAACGACAGCGUGAAAUGCUCCAGAAGAAACAAGAGUUAGAAGAGCAGGAGAGGCAGAGGAAGAUUGCUGAGGCUAAACGUCACCAAGAACACAGAGAGAAAGAACUGGAGAAAGAGCGAGAGUUGGAGAAACAAAGGAAGCUAAAGGUGAUUGAAGAGAAAGAAAAACGGCUCCGUGAAAAAGAGGAAAAGGAAAGAAAAUUGCGAGAGGAAAAGCUGAGAAUUGAACGCGAGAGAAAAGCGCAAGAAGACAAAGAAAGAGAGGAGAGAGAGCGGGCAAGAAUAGCGCAGCUUAUCCGUGAGAAAGAAGAACACGCGCGACGCGAGAGAGAACAGCGUGCCAGAGAGGACAAAGAACGCCAGGACAGGGAGAGAAGGCUGAAAGAAGAACGGGAGGCAGCGAUACGCGAGAAGAAACGACAGGAACAGAUGGACGAAGAAAGAAAACGGGUUCUUGAGGAGCGACAGCUAGCCGAAGAAAGCAAAAAGGUCCAGUCGACUACAACCUGCGACUCGUACGAAAUGACCCCACCUCCAGUAAGGAUGCGAAAGCCGGCCUCACAAGAGAACUACAACAUUGCUGAUCUACAGAGCGACGACUCAACCGACGACGAGGACAAUCCGCGAAAGAAGAUUCCUUCGUGGGCGCGGCCAGCAGCUCUGAAAGCCGCCAUUUUCCAUCAAGAGUAUUCAAAAAUCGACGUGAACAGUAUUUUCGAUAGUGUUCCUGCCCCGGAUUUGGGAAAAAUUUUCACGAAAUGCGACAAGAAUAAGCGGUUUCAUCAACGCACAAGCUCGGCGAUUUGGGACUCGCCUCCCUUGAGGCAAGCCAAGCAAGCAUUUUUUUCGCAGAAGCGUCUUUUUCAUUUGUAUUAUUUCCCGAGAACCUAA